AUGGAAAGUCUUGAGAUCUCCCCAGAAACAGCUGAUAGCUCAUUAGAUGAUUUGAUGUGGAACACGGCUGUCAUGUUACAAAUUUUCAUAACUGAACUUGAAAAAGUAGAAGUGCUAACAGAAGCGUUUGCAUUCAAAUAUAAAGCUGGUUUAAAAUGCCGAUUGAGUCAUACGAACAUGUGUGGAGCGCCUAUCGAUUCUGAUGAUGAUUUUGUUACUGAUAGAGACGAUGAUCCAGUUGCAACAUUAACAACUCCUGAAGGCACAGUUGUAGUCAAAGUUCCUGAAUCCAAUCUAAGUUCAAGAGAGUUUGAGAUGCAUUUUAUUCAAUUGGUCUUGCUUAUUGGUUUUUCCCACACAGUAUCAGCUUCAUGCCUCUAUAUGCAAAAACUUAAUUUUAUUGGAGGAACGUUUGAAGAAUUCACUACAGCUGAUAAAAUUGCUUGUUGCAUAGCUUGUUCAAAUGAAAGAUGUUGUUUGGCCUAUUCUUUUCACCGCGAAACUCAUAAAUGCUAUUUGAAAUCAUCUUUUGGAUACUCUGUCGAAGAUGAUCAAUACGUCAGCGGACUGAAUGCUAAUGUCAACUAUGGAAAAGCAGUUAGGUUGCGAAAUGUUAAAAUAACUGGAGGAAAAGGAGAUCCAGUACGCUUAGAAAGCGAAUCAGAAUGUCGUAUGUUUUGUUCAGCUUUCAACAUUUAUUCUUGGUAUAAGACUAAUGAGGAGAAAGGCAUGUGUUCAUGUCUUCGCAGAGUUGUAGGAUUGCAGUAUAAACAUGGCCAUACAGCAUAUAUUUCUCCUGGAGUUGAUAACAAGUUUUGA